AUGAUGUUUUCUAUGGAGAAAUGUUUAGGCCGUAGUGGGAAUGAUACGGCGGAGGGUACUGAUCUCUUUACCACCGGUGGCGAAGGGAUGGGUAAAGAGGGAGUGGCUUCAGAUGAGGUGGCUUCUGCAGUAGCCGCCGUCUCUGACGAGAUCGGUGACAUUCUGAAAGAUGAGCUUGGGGACGCGGAUCGCGCGGACCAAAUCGGCGCGGAACUUGCUGAUUUGAGCGCCGAGCUCGGUCUGCUCGCCGGCCUAGCUGAUGGCGAGCCCCAGCAAGACUUUCCGUCACUCUUCGAAAUAGCCAUGGGUCACCGCAGUUCCGGCAGCGGUUCAUCCUCUUCCUCUUGGUCAGGAGGCCGCGGUGGGCGCGCGAGACGACAGUCUAGGCCCCAGCGAGCCACCCGACGCCGCCCUAUCGCCAAAGGCAAAGAGAUGUCGCGGCGUCGCAGUGCGGCCGCCCGUCGCGCGGUGUGUAUGCGCGUGCGCCGCGUCGAGGUCGUGUCGGACGCGUCCGACGUCGGCGCCGACUCCGACAGCGACGACCAGUGGACCGAGCUGGACGAUGGAUCUGGCUCUUCCGACAGUUCGUCAGCGAAGGAGCCCGCCGCGGUGGCCGAUGUGGACUGCAAUGGCUACGAGCACAAGGCUUCGGCCGAAGCUCCAGCCAUGGGCCAGUUCCUACUUCCGCUGCUGAGCGCUGAUGCGCCCACGCCGGACCCCGAGCACUUCCUCAUCAGACACGAGGAUAUCCUGCAGCUUCUGGCGUCGGCGGAGGAGAACGUAAGGGAUGACAUACCUCUAGAGGAGGAAGCACCUCUCGAACAGACCGAUGUGUUGUCGAGCAGCGAGAUGAUAGACUUCGAGGAGACACCGGUCACACCUGAAGAGGAAGCUGCUUUACUUCACUAUGUCUGCGAAGCUGAGCAGCAGUCGUGUUCAGGUGAGACGCCGCAGUUCACCGGCGUGCAGGAGUGGCUGCUCGGCGUGUUCCACUCCUGGUGUGAGAUCAGUGCGCUCGUGUUCACUCUCGUUGGGACUAAUAUGAGUGUGGAGAUGGCGACCGAGGAGUGGGUGUACCGCGCUCGCUUCGGGUGCCACUGCCGCCUGUGCCUGUGCGCCGCCAACAACGCGGAGGCGCUGGCCGCCUUCAUCCGGGACGUCGUGUGGGCGCUCGCGCACUGUACGAGUACAGUGGGAGCUGCUGCGAGGGUGGUGCGGGCCCUCCGGCCGCGGGGGGCGCACGGGCCCUUCCAGCACGAGCAUCUGCAGCACUGGGACCUGGCCAGGCUACGGCGAGCUCUGCAGCCCCAGCAAGGUGAAAUAGGUGCAGCAAUAAUACAUGAACAACUCUGCAAGCUUGCUCAACAAAACGAGGAGGCGGAGCAGAUCGUUACUAAAAUAUGUCUGUGCAGACAGUUCGAUAAACCGAUGGAGAAAGAAUAUGCAGUAGAAAGGUUUUGCAAAAUAUUGGAAAACUUUAAAGCUGCUUCUACGAUAACAUUCAAGGUGGAGAUGAUCCCGCUGGGCGGCGGGAGCGGUGGCACGAGCUUCGCGCGCUGGGGCUGGGUGGCGGCGGCGCGGGCGCGGCUGGCGCGCUACCUGCGCCCGCACCAGCGCGCCAGCACGCGCGCGCGCCUCCGGGACAUGGCCGCGCGCACCACGCCGCACGACCUGAGCGCCUGGGCAGGGUACAAGCACAGGUGCGACUGUCUCACGCCUCGAACGCUCUGCUCUCAACAGAGGAAGCAAUUGCUCAGAAUCUCUUUCUUCGGUAUGAUGCAAGCUGUGAACGAAUUCAACGGUGCCAAGCCAGGCACUGCAGCCGUCACCGAUAAGCCUCCCAUUGAGCCGGAGCCAGAAGCCAGCAGAGAGCUGCAGCAAGGAGACGGCACUGGCGCCAAACCGCCGGAGGAGCGCGCGGAGAGUGCCGACAGUGCCGACAGCGCGUCUGCUGACAGCGGCGACAGCGCCGACAGCGCUGACGACAGCGGAGAGCCCGACGGACAGCCGCGGACGCAGGACAACAGCGAUUCAAACCACACUAUAGACCUAGAUGAUCUGUCAGAUUCAGACGAGGGUUCCGGCACCGCCUCCUUAGGACUCUCAACCUCAUCAUCUUUAGACUCUGCAUCCGAGCUGCUGCUGGCCGCGGCAGCCGCUGUGGAGUCUGGAGGGUCGGACGGAGAGGCUGCCCCUGGAGAGCUGUGCCGAACUGUACGACAUCUCAUGCGGUCUAUUGCUUCUAUUGAAAGACUGAUGGACAGGGUUCUCAAGCAUUGUGAUGAAUGGCCAGCACCACCUACUAGAAAUGAUCAUGAAGCUAGGAAACGCGUGGAUAUGGGUCUUUCCGAAGUUGAUAGAAAAUUAAUGGCAAUGUACCGACGUCUGCCGGAAGUACACAGAAGGCAGCUACAGGUCUAUAGGAAACAGAAGAAAUUGUCUACGGUGUGCAUGCAGCUGGUGGGCGGUCGCGCGCCGGCGCCGCCCCCCCCCGGCUCGCCGCCGCCCGACGCGCCGCCGCAGCCCUGCCGCGCGCUCUGCCCCGAGUACCACCUGCAGAGGUUCAAAGAGGUCCGACGCAAGGUGUUGCACAUGAGGGAUCAACAGCUGUAUUACCAUAGACUUCGGAUGUGGCUCGAAGACCAGCUGCGCCAAGAACGGGAGAGUUUACCGGAGAGCAAUGUUACUUUAAUAGAAGACUUACCCCGCCGUAAACGGCGAACGUUGAGCCCCAAAGUGCCACGGCUUACCACUGCGCCUAAACGGAAACUCAAAUCCGUCUCCCCUUCAAUCAGCAAGCCCCACAAAAUACUCCAAAUGCUUAAACACAAAGCCCCAGCACAAACAACUCAACUCCUGACAGAAGACUUGAAGAACGACGAGGAAAUCACCAAAUGUGAGGCGGAGCCUCCGGAAGCAUUUCCUUUAGAAAGAGAAGAAAAUAUCAGCGAUACAGAAACUAUAGUAGGAGAGAAAGAGACGGAUAUAUGUAAGGAAAUGAAGGAAUGUUUGGCGAAAUUCUCCAAUUUCGGCCUGACUAGUGACACUCCGGAGAUUGAGACCAAAUAUCCUGAGUCCGUGAGCCCCCCUCUUCAAGAGAUGUCUCCGACCACACCAGAACCGAUGCCUGUGUAUUCUUCUAAACCUAAUCAGCGAUUAUUAAAAGUAAAUAAAUUUUUAAAAGAGGACAAAGAGUUCAGUAUGGCCCCUGAAGUUUUAAAUAUGCCUUUAAACGCUCGACGAACUCCGCUUUUAGUAAGAGAAGACAAAUUAACCGAUACUCAUAUAGAAAAGGAUCCCAGCAUUUAUAAGUAUGUUUCCUUCGGUAUGGAAAUUAAAAAAGCCAUGGAGGAAUGUCAGAACAUUAUAAACUCUUACAACACUAUCAAGGAUAACAAAAAAGAAGAUGGACAGUUAUCAUUAGAACACAUAUGCGAAGUCAUGAUGACGUUGGACAAGAAUUCAGCUGAAUUCCUAGACAAAAUGGACACGGACGAGAACAUAGAUAUGAAUAUAGCGAACACGAAACUGGCGGAGUUAGUCGAAAAUAUGCCGCAAAUUUUAGCCAACAUGCCCGAAAUUGCUGGCAAACUCUCGGAGUUCGCCAACGCGAGCUUCGAACUACCAGAAUUCGCUUCUAUAAUGAACAGCUUACCGGACGUCAAUAACGAAGCGCAGCUAACACCGGAAACGUUAAAACAAAUUAGGGAACUUAAAUUAAGUAAGACAAGAGAUGGUGUAAAAGUGACGAAAAACACAACAAAACGUAAAACACAACGUAGAAUUAAGAAUAACGUGGAAAGUAGCGAUUUAAUAGGCACAAUGACGUUUGAACUCGAUAAUAAAGACUUAGUGGAAAUUCUCAAAGACGAGAAGGAUCUUCAGUCCAUGAUGAAGAACAAAAAUAAAGAAGAAUUUAAAGAUUUAUUAUUCUCUAUAAGCGCUCAAGUUGUUAUUAGUAAAGUGUUCGAAUAUCUCAAGCAGAACAAGUCUCCUGAACUUGCCAAGUGUUUGGAAGAUGACAAGGAGUUGUUCUCUUUGCCCUGUUUAAACACCGAAAUGUGUUCAAAAGCGUCCACACUCUUCGACAACUCCGUCAAAGACGCGUUAAGUAUGGACGAACUUAGGGACUUAGUGAGAUCACGUUUUAACUCUUGGAAAACUUAUGUGGCGACAAAAUUUAAAAGUAUACCCAUGGAACUGUUAGAAAAUGAAAUUGAAGCUAUGCUCGAUAAGUUCUACACUUACAUACAAGAUCUAGCCGGGAAGAACCGGAGUCAGGAUCCAGAGCGAGUUGUUAAAAAAAUUGAGGAUUUAAGAAAGAGUGAUAUUUAUAACUCUGAUUCAGAUUCAAAGGACACCGUGAAGAAUAUUCUUCUCACAACAUCUGCAGGCCACACAUUAGAUAUAUUAAUUAUGAAGUUUCCCAAAUUAACACAGGAUAAGAAAGAGUUAGUAAAAGGCCUUAAAUUCAAGUAUACUAAUGUUCUAUCACGGUGGGUGGAGUCACAACCUCUCGCCAACUGGAUGAUAUCUGAUCCAGAACUAGCAAUUAACACCAUACAGGAACUCAUGGGUUUUGAUAUUAAAAAACCUGACAAUGUGCCGGACUUUUCAACGAUGAACAUAGAGAAAAAACGUGAUUACUUUCUGGAUAGAAUAAGGGAUGUUAAUAAGCAAUAUAUGGUAAGUCUACCGAAGAAGGCUUUGUCCGGUGACGAGUGGUUAGUUAUGUUGUAUAAAUUGGAACAGUACGAGGUCAAACUAAAAGAUUCAUUCAGUAAACUAACUCCUACUGUUAAAACCACUCAAACAGCCAGCGAAGCUGAGAUCUUAGCAGCAAAAGGCCUUAGUAAAAUUAUCGGGAAAGCAAAUGUAAGAGUAGUGAAAAAAACUGAGCCACCCAAGAAGAAAGAAGAAGUAAAAGAAGAUGAUAAACGAUGUAAAAACGACGCGCUCCUAGCUAAAUGUGAAGCUAUACUAACAUCGAAGGGGGAAAAAUCAUUGCUAGAUAGUUUUUAUACCAUCAAGUCUUACAUAACUCAAGGUUUACCCGUCCCGGAGACAUAUAAAAAGCACGUGAUAUCAAUAUGUUCUAGUAUUGACGCGAAAUUGCUUGACGAAGACUUGGAAGACUUGAAGUCUGAUAAGGAAGAUAGUCCAGGUACUCCAGACAGUACAAUGAAAGACAAAUCUUCUGGUACCCAAAACCAUGAAGAUUUAGCGAAGUAUUCAGCUCAAGCUUUAAGGAAUGCGAGACAAACAUUAAAUGCUGUCGCUUUUAAGAACAUUAGUCGAAACGGCCAGUCGAAAUCUGAAAGCGAUGUGUGUGACACGCCGAAAACUGAUUGCAAAUGGACGAAUGACUGUUCGUGCAACUCUUGUAAAGAUAAUGAUAAUUCCGGGUUGUGUUUGAGUAGCAAUAUAAGUGAUAUAGUGCAGAAGUGUAUAGAGUUUGAUAAGAGUAGAAAAGAAGAUAGGAAGGAGAGAAAAGAUGUAAAGAAGCAAGUCCCGAAGCCGAAGCAAGUUGCUAAGGCGUGCGAGAAUACCAAUCACUUACAACAUAUUUGUAAAGUGGGCCACGGGGGCAACAUGUGCGCGGGGGAGGGCGCCGACCAGCCCUGCACCUGCUGCUACUGCACCGUGUUCGGACACGCCCCACCGCUGACGACGCCUGUCCCGCCGAAGUUCAACGAGACGAGAGAACGUCUGCGGUCCAUUCUCAACAAGAAAAAACAGCAGUGUAAAAGUGCUAAUGGCGAUCCCGAACCACAACCAGUAAAGCAAGCACCCACUCAGCCAGCGGUGAGUGAGCCGCAACCCGCACCUAAGCCGCAAGCCGCACCAAAACCGCAAGCCGUCCCAAAACCGCAAGCCGUACCAAAACCGCAAGCCGCACCCAAGCUGCAAACCGCUCCUAAGCCGCAAGCCGCCGUACCGAAGCCUCAACUUAAAGCGCCGCCCAUCGCUCCUAAACCUCCAGCCUUGCCAAAAACUCAACCUCCUAAUCUGACGGCGGCUCAAGUACAGCAGAAGCGUCAGUCCAUAGACAAUCAACAGAGACAGUUGGCGGACAAGAUGGCGAAGAUGGCCGUCUCGGAGAAGCCCGCAGACAAUAAACCCAAGGUAUUACAACGCACUGUGCCGGUACAAGUAAAUGUACUUCCCGGGCUGAAAGCCGAGGGUGUAGUGAAUCCAAACGCUAUGGAGCAGAUUCGAAUACAGCAAAUGAAGCAAGCGCAACAGGCUCAAUACCAACAGCAGUUGCAACAACAACACGCACAACAACUCGCACAACAACAGAAGAAACCGGAGCCAAUAUACGAUUUGCCGAUUCACAACAAACCGACGUUAACACCGCAGCAACAGCAACAAAUUAGGCAACAACAGCAACAGCUACUUCAACAAAAACUCCAACAACAAAAACAGCAGCAGCAGCAACAACAACAACAACAACAAGCGCAACAACAGCAGCAGCAACAAGCUCUCCAGCAUGCCCAGCAACAAGCCCAACAACAAGCCCAACAACAAGCCCAACAACAAGCGCAACAACAAGCUCAACAGCAAGCGCAACAACAAGCUCAACAGCAAGCGCAACAACAGCAACUGAGACAGAGUCGACCACAACAACAGCGAAGCAAUGUUUCACUAUCCAGUCGGGAUACAAGUGUGUUCUCUACUUCCUCUGGAUGUUCUGGUGGAUCGUGUUGGCGCGGCAACAGACCUGAAGACACGCGGGACCUGGACGCCUUACUCCAAUACAUUGAAGGUCCGUCCAGAUAUGUCGACAGAGGCAAGAAACGCGCCAAGAAGCAACGCCAGAAAGCCAAGAAGGUCAGUCAUUGCAUUAUUCUUUUAUUACUGUGCUGCAGUAUUCGUCUCUCAUCUGUUAUAUGA